AAAGCUAAUCCUAAGUCCUAACCCAGUUUUGAAACAUUAGAAAUCCCAUGGAAGAGAGUGUAGAAGAUCUAUUUAACAAUUUGCCAGAUGAAAUUCUAAGCUGCAUAGUUUCUUUUCUUCCAAAUGAGUAUGCACUAGAAACCAGCCUCAUAUCUACUAGGUGGAGAGACUUAUGGAACCAAGUCCUUGUUAGACAUGGAACUACACAUAAUGUCACAGGCGUUGUUGCUGGGUUUCUUGCUUGUUUUGAUGAGCUUGAUCCACUCAAGCAUCCCCGCAAGCUUCAACUUCACUUUGCUCAAGACACUUCACUCUUUGCAUCUAUUGCAACUAAUAGUAAGCUUCUUCUUCAUUUCUCUACUGAGAACAAAGAUCUUGAAAGGCUUUUUGAACUGCAUUUCAAACUCAACAAUCAUCAAAUCACCCACCAGCUUGUUCCCUCCACUUUCUUAGUCAAAACACUCUAUUUGAAAUCAGUUAGCUAUUUGACAUGUGAAGUUGCUUCCUCCAUCGUUUCAAAUUUGGAGCAUCUUGAGAAUUUGAUAAUCAUUGAGUGUAGAGGGUUGGAAUCUUUGUGCAUUGAGUCUGAGUCAAAGCUUCACAAGUUAACCAUCUUGGAUUGUUUUCAGUUGAAGUCUCUUCAUCUUAGAACUUCAAAGCUUAAAUCUUUCAGAUACCGUGGACCCCUUCCUAGGAUUUGGCCAGAAUCCCAUUUCAACCUGAGUCAUGCCAUGCUUGAUUUCAGACAAGGCCCAAACUGCAGUCACUUCAAGGCACAAGAUUUCAAUGAAACACUUUUGACAAUAAAGAAUUCUCAAGUUCUCACUUUGUGCGAAUGGACUUUUGAGGCACUGAUGUGGCCUUCGAUUUCUUCUUCAAGUGGGAACUUCAUAUUCUAUAGAUUAAGAGAGUUGUGGUGGAUUGACAACUAUAAGGAUGAAAACAGCAUCAAUGCCUUAGUCUCCUUUUUGAAAUUAUGCCCUGCCUUGGAGCAACUUUUUGUGACGGUAGAUUUUCUACUUGGAAGUAAUUGAUGCUCUUGUUUUGCAUAAGUUAAACUACAAUUUUUGACCAUUUUUUAAUCCACUGAUUGGGUGCAGAUUGAUCCUAAAAGUUAUUUGGCUCCAGGGUCCAAUACAUGCCUAACGCAAGCAACAGAAUAUACAAAACUGGAGCAUCUAAAACUGAUAAAGUUAAUGGGAUUCACAAAUCGAGUGGAUGAAAUCUGUGUGGCAAAAAAUUUAAUUGAACUAGUCAAGGGAAAACCUCCCAAGAUAGAGACAUCGGAUGGAAAUUGCUUGGAUUUGUUGUUUGUGCGGUGAUCUUUAAUAUGUAUCUAAGAAAAGAAAAUGUUACAAACAAGUCAUUUCCUAAGCCUGGUGGCAUACUAUUAGUGAUAGAUUUGUCAUCUUUGGAGGCUCUACUCCUUGUAAUCUUGUGGGGGCGACAUAUCUAUGUGAUUUCGUGCUGAAUAAAACUUAGAAUUAAAAUUUUAUUUCAGUAAUGUAUAGGUAAUGUGGUGUGUUAAUAUUUAAUGUUGACUUAAUUCUAAAUACUUUUCUUUUCAAUUGAACAAAAGAAUUUCACUUAGAUAUACAAUGUGAGCAUCGAUAAAACAAAUAAAAAGAUAUACAACGUGAGCUUCUCAUCUUACCUCAAAUUUCUUGCAUUAACCAAACACACACACACACACAAACAAAAUUAUUACUCUUGUCGUUAGUUUAACAACUAAAAUAAUUCCAUUUGCCAACCAUUUAAGGCUUGUAAUACAGGUCACACGACAGUAAGCAAUGCGUAAUCGCAUUAUGAAUUUUCAACAUUCUCAAAUCUUGCAUGAAACGAACCUUCUCCUAAUUUCAAUUGUUUUUAUAGAAAGAGAUUUUAAAUUCAUUCAUAACAAAUAAAUUUAAAUUAAAUGUAUUCAUUCAUACAACAUCAAUCCGCAAAUGACAUCCAAACAAUUAAUGAAUUCUCUCGCUAUGCAACAGAUGAUAAAGCCUUGCUUUUUCUCUUUUUUUUUUGGGUGUCAGUGAUGAUAAAUCAUUAAAACCUUGUUAUUUUCCCCUUGUUUUGGUAGGGUGUUUUCUUCAUUUUUUUUCUCUCUCUCUUUAUGGUUAACCUUUCUCCUAUUUCUCAACUCGGGUUUAAGGCCUAAAUAUCAAACAAAUUUGCCAAAGGCCCAAAAAAGUCUGUUUGAUGAACCCUCCAAAAACACUUUCUUUUGGAUUUGGGUUUGAAAAGAAAAGGUAUACGGCGUCGUUUGUUCCGUCUUCCCCAAAACCCUUUUGUUGGGUUGUUAACGGCGUGAGGGUGUGGUGGAGCUGCUACCUGCGAAUUUUGAAGAGAAACCUGGGAUUGGGGAAAUGGUUCUAUCAAACAAGAAGCUCAAACUGAAGCUUAGAGCUGAAUUAGCCCAACAACAAAACCAAACCAACUCCAACGUUGUCGAUGUCCCUUCCUCUUCUGACUCACUAAAAAAUCUUCUUGACUCUGCCACUCACACACCCAGAUUGUCAAAGAGAGAGAAACUCCGAAAGAUUCGAUCUUUGCAACCCCCUCAUCCCCAAGAACUUCCCAAAGAAGAUGAAGGAGGGAACAAGGAAAGUGGAACAGAGGGUUUGGGCGUUAAGAAGAACAAAAAGAGACAGAGGAAGGUAGAGGAUGAUGACGUGGCAAAUGGGGUUCCCAACAAAUCAAAGAACAACAAGAAGUUGAAGAACAAGAACAAGAAAAAGAAAAAGAAAGCCAAAACCGCGGAAGAAGAUAAUUCUAAUCAUGGAGGGGAAACGCAAGAGGCUACAGAGUUAACUAAGACCAAUACCAUUACUAGUCAAGAAAAUGGUGAUGUUCCUACAAAGGUUUAUGUUGGAGGGAUUCCCUAUUAUUCAACUGAGGAUGAUAUUCGGAGUUAUUUUGAAAGCUGUGGCACCAUAACUGAAGUUGAUUGCAUGACUUUUCCUGAAAGUGGCAAGUUUAGGGGAAUUGCCAUUAUUAGUUUUAAGACAGAAGCAGCAGCCAAACGAGCAUUGGCUCUUGAUGGAGCUGACAUGGGAGGGCUCUUUCUUAAAAUCCAACCAUAUAAAGCAACUCGAGCCAAUAAAGCAGCAGAUUUUGCUCCAGAAAUUAUGGAGGGAUACAAUAGAAUAUAUGUUGGAAAUUUGUCUUGGGAUAUAACAGAGGAAGAACUUAGGAAAUUCUUCAAAAAGUGCAAAAUAACAUCACUGCGAUUCGGUAUGGACAAGGACACAGGAGAAUUUAAAGGGUAUGCUCAUGUGGAUUUCAGUGAUAGCCAGUCACUGAAAACAGCACUCACAUUGGACCAAAAUGUUUUGUUUGGGAGGCCUGUCAGGAUAAGUUGUGCAGUUCCUUUGAAGAAAAAUCCAGGAACUCAUACAAGCGCAGUGUCCAAGGUCAAUGGAGUUGAUGGUGAGAAAUCAAGUUCCACUGGAAGUGGCAAGAUGAGGAGGAGGACAUGCUAUGAGUGUGGUGAGAAAGGACAUAUUCUCUCAGCAUGCCCAAAGAAACAAACAGUCGCUGCAACUACAACCUAAAGCAUGUAAGAGAACUCAAACAUGUCAUUGUUUUUGUUUCUUUUUGUAGACUGUUAUUGCAGUUUAUAAAAGGGUUGUAUUGAUAAUUGAACAAUGAACAGUUUCCUACUUAUCAUUAUCAUUUUUUUCCUUGAAAUGAAAAUUCUUUAUCUUUGAUAUUAG